AUGUUUGUCUUGCCCGCCGCAGUCGCCGAGCAGGAACUGGACGCGGUGGCGAAGGGCCUCGCUGCUGCCAGGCUCAUCCUCAACGACGGCAAGACGCGGACCCAGUACGACCUCGACCAGCAGAGGGGCGGCGCCGGGGCAGACGUCGCAGUCGUCGCGCGCGCGGGAGAUAGGAAUGUGCGCGGCAGCUUCGCGGUCUCCGCGGUCGCGGGCGAUUUCGCUGCGUUCGCGCUCGCGGCCGUGGGCGCCGGCGGACACUUCCAGUACCGCACCUACGCCACGUACCACGCGGCCCGCGAGGGCAGCGCCGGGAAGGGCGGCGGGCCCACCGCGAAGGUGGCCGGGGCCAGCGUGCUGGGCACCGAGGCGGGGGGAUCCCUGCCCAUAGCCCUGCUCAUCGCGUUCUUGCGGCAUCCGCACGAGGUUGAGGCAGAGGGGCCACGACCAACGAGGGCAAGCUGGAUCAUUUCGGAAACGGCCAGCACAGGACGAGGGCAGCUCCUGAGAAGCAGGCACCACAUGGAGAAGGUCGUGAAGACCUCGGUCAGUCUGCAGAUCCUUGGCAGGGGGCGCGAGAUCGAGGAGCGGCAGCAUCGACAGACAUCGCGGCCGCCCAGGAUCAGCAGGACAAGAACGACGAGUGGUGGCUCGGGUGGGCUCGUGGAAGCAGUACGACUUUGA